AUGGCUUUGAGUGCUACGGCACCCUUACCGUCGUCACCCCUCUCUUCGCCCCCGCCAACCCAGUCUUUCAGCAAAACAAUCUCUACUACAGCCACUGGACCAACGUAUCGAACAGCAGUAGAAUUACCAUUUGAACUUUCUCAGCAUGUUCAAACAUACUAUGAGGAGCAGCUCUUCACCCAAGCAUACAACUUUCUCAUCUCUAUCGUCAGCAAUAGCGUAUCUCAUGUUGACCCUUUAAAACCCAUCACGAUCCCGUCUCCGCCACACCUCGCACUCGCCGCGACCAUCGCUGUCCAUCCGGUAUUCACUACACGUACGUACUCGCGCGAGAAAUGGGACCAGGCCAUUUCUGCACUCCGUCUCCUCCGCCUUGUAAUACCACUUGUUGGGCCUAUCAAUGCAGACUCGGCAGCGGCAUUCGGUUUCCACAGAUAUGAUAGUCGCCUUUCUCGACACACCAGCACUACAGGCCACGAUGACGACGAGGAUGACUAUCACUCGGACAAUCAUUCUGUCACGUCCACGGGUCUCAACAUACGUUACGCUUCCUCACAGUCUCUCUUUACUUGCUGUGAAGAUUUCUGGCAUCUUGUCGGCUGGGCCUUCAAUUGCGCCAGCCUGGCGGCCUCAUCGGCAGUUCAUGCUUCCCGGUGGACCUAUUACAGCUCUCUACUGACAUUCCUUGUCGAUUUACUCGAAAGAGACUGGAGUCUUCGAACCAAGGGCCCUUCGCCGACCGCCGAAGAGAGCAUGGUGUUGAACUACAUAGAGCUCGCCUCGGGCGGUUACACCAGAGCCCGCCGCAUCCUGCGUGCUAUUUUCGCCGACGGAGGCACUCGGUCGACAUCUGAGUUCCGUCCUAUCUUUUCUCAUGAGCUCAAAGAGCCUCCCAAGCAAGAAACUAAACCGAUAGCUAAGCGUGAAGACCUGGAUAUCGAUGCAGAUAUUUACGGAGACUAUCUCAUGCGCGACGAGAGCGAUCUUUCCGACGAUGAUAAUGCGAGCACCGCUACGGGAACGACGGCGAGUGGGCGGCCCGCCAAACGUCUGCGAAGGGCGGGAAGUCGUACUAGGACGCCGAGUGCAAAGGUCACGCCGAAAACUAGUGCGGGUAGCCUGAGAAGUGACUAUCAUGACGGUCCCGAUGACAAAUGUUUCGCAUUCCUGGGCGAUACAGAGGCAGUCAAUCUACGCAAGAGAUUGUUACGGUUAUUGAUAUGUGUAUCGGAGCAUCCCACCAUGACAGAGACGAGUCCAACGACAUUUCCAGAUAUGGAGGAGCUUCUGACGUUAUUCGUCGAGUUUAUCAAGCCUUUGCCCCUGUCAGCAUUUUCUGAAAUCAUUCUUAGUGCCCCAUCACCGGAGGGACCCAUGCCGCCGAAUUUCCACGAGGUACGCCGAAUACAAAGUCAGGUUUUCGAGCCGCAGACAGCAGCACUGCUAUGUGAAUCUCUGCUACAGCGGACCCUGGAGAACUCUGCACCCUCGAUCCGAAGUGACGUGCUUUUGUCACAGAAGAAGUUGACCGAGGAGUAUCUCCCUUUCGCAGCAGGAAAGAACAGCAUUGACGCAAAUGCACGGGUAUCUGUCUUGUUAGAGGCAUUGACUAGAAGCCUUGCCCAGCUGGGGGAACUAAAGCGUGAAGAAGGGUUGACGGCUGCGGUGUACAGGGGCAUCGAGAAGAGGAUGAGUAAGGUCGUUGACGCUGUCGAGGGAAAGAAACAAAAGAAAGGAGAGAAAAGGAGUGACGAGGCAUGGUCCCUGCUGGUGGAGAGUGGCGAGAGGAUGAGAAGAAUUGUCGACGGCCUUCAAGGCGGGUGA